AUGACGUUUCACUCAAGGAGUCUGCUGGUUGGUCGUGAGAAGGAGCAACAGGUUUUGCUUUCAUUAUUAUCUCAGGCAAACCCUUUAUCUACAUGCUUUGUUAUUACUGGCCCUCCAGGUUGUGGAAAGUCAGUUUUGGUUUCCUCAACAUUCAAACUUUUGGAAGAAUCUUGCGGAAUGUUAUGGGUGGUAAUCAGCUGCCUGGAGAGUUUCGUGGGGACUCAAGGAACAGUUGGAGCUACUUCAUCAAGAUACUUUCUUGAAUUGAUUUUGCAAUCGAUCAAAUGCCGAUACCUACCCGAAGUCAAUUUAUGUAUUAGUUGUGAAGAUACUUCCAGCUUCAUAGAUAACCUAUGCCAAAUUUUGCUAGCUAUCAAAGAUAGAAAUGUGCAUGACCGAAUCUGUAUGGGGUUGAUUUUCGAACAGGCUGAAAAACUGUGCGAUGGGGAAUCAUUAGUGCUUCCUUUAAUUGUCAAUCUUGGAGCUGCUGUCAAUGAAAAGCUUAAUCAAUUGGAUAGUCCUCAUACACCAGUAUUGUUCACCGUCCUGUUAACUAGGUUACCGUGGGAAAAGUUUAAUUUUGGAACAUUCAGUUUUGAACCUUAUGUUAUCUCUGUUGAAAGUUAUUCUCGUGACCAAUUGGCAAGAUUACUUACAUCUUUUUUGCCGGACGGUGCAUCUGAAUCUCGUUUCAACAGGUUUGUUGAUUUAUUGUUAACAGUUUGCUUCCCUGUUUGUCGUAACGCUGGUGAACUCAUUCAUUUAGUGAAUGUUAAUUGGAGUGCUUUUGAUGAACCUGUCAAUAAAGGCUUAGUUGCACCAGAUGAUGAAUGGAGUCAGUGGAAGUUGGCUCAACCAUAUUUGAAAAAGUCUUUGUCUACUCUGUAUUUACGUCAUCAUGCGGAUUCAAAUUUUGAUUCUGUAUCUUCAAGAAAUUCUUCAAGACAAAAAUUUUUGGAGUUACCUUAUUUAACUAGAUUUUUACUUAUUGCUGCAUUUAUUGCUUCACAUAAUCCUCGAUCAUCAGACAAAAGACUUUUAACAAAGAACUCCGGACGAUUAAGUAUUCGUAAGAAGAAACAGGAAAAGGAAGUAUGCAAGGCACAAAUGGAGUUUACUGGACCUAGAGUUUUCACCCUAGAUCGCUUGUUGGCUAUAUUCUACGUCCUUGUACAAAACGAAUCAUCAAAAGUUCCGUGCACAAGUAUUUUAAUGAGUCAAAUUGCCUGUUUAACAGUAUGUGGUCUUAUAUCUCCAAGUUCACAGGCUUUAUCGGUUGGGAAUUCAUUUACUACUGGAUUGAGUACUACAACCAGUUCUAUUAGUGCUAUUUCUGAUUUAGACCCUUUGGCUAAUCCUAAAUAUCGUUGUUUGAUAAGUCUUGAAAUCGCUAAAGGCAUAGCACAAUCAGUUGACUUUGAUUUGUUAGCUCAUCUUGCUGAAAACUAUAACUCAUGA